GCGCAAGCUCCAGAUAUUCCCUCAUUGACACUUCAUCUGUGUAUCUUUGCCAGAGACUGCUGAGAAAAUUAUUAUUUGCCUGUGCAAGCUUUUUAGUGUAGUUUAAACAUGGAAUAAGUGUAUGACUUAUCAUUAAAUUAUGGACUGUUGAUUGUUUGCACACCGAGAGGAACGUGUUGGAAGUGUUUGUGAGAGUUGCAGUGUGAUAAGAUUUACAUCGUGAAUGUUGUUCAUUUAUGUAUUGCACGAAGAAGUGAAUAAGAAGUGGAGAGUAAAGGCCAUUGUGGAGCUGCGUGUUUGGUGUAGUGCGAAAAAUCUCUGUCCGUUCUUUUGUGUGUGUGCGUGUGUAUGAAAAGGAGUGAAUUAAAGCAGUAAAAAUAAAUAAUUCGAUCAUUGUUGUGGGUUGAGAUCUUUCGGAUCUGAAGAAAAGCCUCCCUUCCGACCAGAAUUUGAUCCGGAGUGAGUGCAUCGUCCUGUGGGCUAUCGGUUGCAACGCAGCCCGGUCACAAAAGCAAGUGUUACGUAAGAGUUGUCUCAAAAGGUGGACGGUCAAUCUCACCCCCCCCCCCCCACCCCACCCAGAAAGGAGCCAAAUCUUUUCCAACCCGGGAGUUUCAUUGAGAAAAGUGUCGGCGGAGGAGGAAGAAGUGUGCCGGGAGAGUGUGGUGCCAGUUGAGUGAGUGAUUCUGCUUCACCGUGACGUCACGUGCGGCCCUCGUUGAGUGAGACACGGCUGUCGGAUCGACACACAACAUGGCCACGGCUACCGGGCAUCGGAUGGAGCCGAACAGCGGGAUGGGGCCGCGCAAGACCAUGAUCAUCAUGGUGACGGUCGUCGGCUGUGUCGCCAUACUGUGGCCCAAGGUUUUCUAUCCCAUGAUGGUUGGCAAUGGGCAGAACAAGAAUGUCAUCAAGGACCAUCGAGGAGCCGGUUGUUGCGGUGUGGUCUUGGACCAGGAAACGUUCGCCAACGCGUCGAUCAGCUAUGCCGCCAGUCAGCAGCAGCAGCAGGAGCAGAACCUAUUCCGCAAGCGAAACUUUGCACCUUACGUCGACAUUGACAGUAUACGACAGGAACGACCACCUCAUUUGCGGCCAGAAGCGAUGCAUCCUGCAAUGCGCGAACGUGGCAGAGCUAUUCCGCAGGCUGGCUCCAUCCACGGCGGGGAACGUCCCCAGUCAACUCCCAGAAUAGUGGAAGGCAGACCCGGUCCCAUACCUGGUAUGCGCCCACCUAUGGGAGCUGGAUCACAUCAAGCAACAAAAUCAGCCAACUCAAUGGGUUUCAUAAUGCCACUCUAUACCAUCGGUAUAGUUUCAUUCUUCAUCUACACCAUCAUGAAACUAAUCUUCAAGAAGACACCGGCUGCACCGUACGCGGAGGUUAAGCCGGAUCCGGCGUUCCGCAACGAGGUGUUCACCACCGAGCGUCCUAUCAUCAAGCGGCCGGACAACGGUACGACGAAGCUGGACCAAUCACAAAUAACGGCAGCCACGAACGGUGAGCUCGUUGUUCCGGUUGCCGUUGCGUCGGUCAGUUCUGCUGUAGUCUCUGCCGAACCAUCUUCAGUGCAGUCUGAACUUUCGAUUGACUACGAGCAGCUGUCAAAGCAGAAGGAAGCAGCAAAGCCCAAUGAAAGCGCUGCUCCCGAACAAAGUCCAUUGGACGAGGAACGCGCAAACCUGCAGUCCACCACAGUGCAGGACGAAGCAAAUGAAACGGGUGACGUGGCAGCGGAGGCAAGUGCGGAAGAAUUCUUCACCAAACAGCAACCGGCUCACGAUCCCACUACCGAGAAGGUAGUCGAUGGAAUCGUUGUGAAAAAGGUUGUUACGGUGGAAGAAUCUGCUGAGCUGCCCUCACAACCACCAAUGGAAGAUGUUGUUGAGGCCGCAAUCCAGGAGGAAGUACGUGAGCUUCAAGAAGAAAGCGCAGCAGCAAAUGCUUUAAAGGACAUCACUCGGGACUUAUCAGAAGUUCGCGAAGGAGAGGUAGUUGUCGAACCUGUUGUCGAAGAAGUUAUCCAGGUGCAACAAAUUACAACACAAAAUGCAGCCGUAGCACCCAUCACCACUGAGGAUUUGUCAGAAAAAAUUGAGCAAGAGGAGCAGCAUGCAGUUGUUGCUGAACCUGUUAUUGAAAAAGAAAUCCUAGUUCAACAAGUGGCUCCAACACAAAAUGGAGCCUUUGCCACGGAGGAUGAGUCGAUCACAGUGAAAUCAUUGGAUGAACCUGAUGUGGCUUCAUUCGUCACAGAAGCAAAUCAAAAUGCUGAAGUAGCAAAGCUCGAAACGAGGGAGAGCGAAGUUGUGACGGAGGACUUAGUCGAAACGGUUGAAGAACCAAUGGCUGGAAGCGUUGCUCCCGAAGAAGUGAAAGAUGAGGUGCAGGAACAAACACCAGUGCUCGAAUCCAGUGCUAUUUCCGAUCUGUCGGAUGAUCAAUCGCCCAGUGAACUCGAAAACGAACCAAAAAUUCUUCAAGAAUCGGUUGUAAUUGCAAGUACUGAACCAGCACCGGAGCAAGCGGUUCGUGAAAUGUCUGAAGUUGACAACACACCGAUUGAAUCUGUUGAACCGAAAGACAAUCAGGAAUCAGAUGAAGUCAUUGAUUUGAAACAGGAGAUCGAACAAAUUGAUAAUGUAAUUGAGGAACCAACUAAGCCUGUAGCUGAAAACGAUAAGGAAAGCCAAGAAAUUGUAUCCGUGGAAACUCCUCAAAACGACGCCGUGAAUGCAGAAAACGAACCAACAGAAACUGAUGCUGAGACAGUUACGAAACAGUUGGACGCGAACGAUUUCGAUGUUGAUCUGGUUCACAAAACGGUUGAAGAUAUUACUCUUACUGCCGAACAACUGGUGCAGGAAGUACUUGAACAAGCGGAGGAACUCGCUAAGCAGCAAGACCAAUACCCAGAGCUGCCGGAAUACGAUCCUGCAACACAAAAGCUCGUUGAUGGUAUUGUGGUAGAGCGAUUCGAUCCGCAAGAUGUGAAGCAAACGGAAACUGGCGAAGCAACUGUUUCUCAACAAGAAACGUCUGAUGAACCGGACAAUGUUACUCAGGAACCGACAAUGGAGCAAACAUUGAUGGAGGAGGAUGCUGGAGAAAUGGACUCGAUUAGUGAGGACACGUCACUGAGUGUAGCAUCAGUUAUCGAACAGCAGCCUAAGGCGAAAGAAUCAGACGAAUCCAAUACCACCUCGAAAGUGUUGCAGGCGACAGAUGAGAUGACCGAUAGCGCUUCUGCUGAUAUGACAUUUGUCGAGACUAAGAAUCUGGCAGUCCAAGCCGCAGAACCAAUUGAGGCAAGCGAGACGGGAAACAAGUUUGGUGCAGCUGCAGUUGAUGGAGAGCAGGUCGACGUGGUGAUCGAACAACAGCCUGCAACGAAGGCAUCGGAAGAACCGGCGACCUUAUCCGAAGCGCUAAUUACGACAGAACUGUCGACCGGCUAUGUAUCAAGCGAGCCCGUAUUUGUCGAACUUAACGAUCAACCGACGGUAGAAGCGGAAACUGUGCUUGAAGAAUCGAAUAAGGUUGACGAGGCAGGAAACCUGUCUGGUGCAGCUGCAGCUGACGGUAACGAUAGUAAGAGCGUAUCAAUCGAAGAAGUACAUGACGAAGCGGCCAUAGUCGAUGAGGUGGUAGAAGGCAAGGUAAUUGAGGAGCAUAUCAUACCUAUAAGCAUCGAAAAAGCUAGCAUGUCCGAUACGAUGACCAUCACAGAGGUGACCGGUGACGAAGCGAUCGUUGAAUCGCCGAACGUUUCAAAGACGACCAGCAAUAUGCCUAGUCCAUCGGUCACAGCCGUCCCUGUGAUGGAUACGAUCGAUGAAAAGCAAGAAGCUGCUGAAGUAGCUCUCGAACAGCCGCACAAUCAGGAAAAGCACUCUGAAAUUUCACCCGCUACGCUGGAGCACGUUACUAAGGAAGCUUUGGUGGAACGCACGCUAAAUGAAGCUGCCGCUGUGGUGAACGAGAUCGAAUCGAUCGUAGAUCAUAUCAUUACCGAGAAGCUUAUCCAUAGUGGAGCAUCCGAUGGGAUGGUGCCAACGAACGGUGUGCAAGAAUCAUCUCCUCAAGAACCCCCCAGAUUGGCCGCUUCCGCUGCACUGAUCGUUGAAGCGAUCGAAUCAAAGUCAUCCGGUGUGCACAGCAUGGUUUCUAGUAGCGAUAGCACUCAAAACAUGCAGACCAUUACCGUCACUAAUGGGCUUACUACUAACCUGGACGAAACGAUUGGCGUUACUAAUCCACCCGCUUCCGGCGACUCCCCGCCAACCGAAUCACCAUCAUUUGCACCCGCACCGACACCAUCAUCUGAAGCAUUUCCCGUUCCCGAACCGACGGCGAUGAGCCGCUCCGAAGUCGUUUCAAACGCAUCCACACUAGCCAGUGUCAGUGAGACACACAGUAUCAAUCUUGUCGCAGAUGAGCAACGACUCACCCGGACCAACGUUGGUGUGCAGGGCGCUGUUGAGCAGCGCAGCAGUACCGUCGCCGCAGUCGCCGAUCCGCCGAGUGCCGCUGCUACAACACCAAUUGGCCAAGUACCGACCAGUGUCAGCAACGUUACUAAUCCCAAAUUUCUCACCUUGAAUCUAGCUAACUAUAGCACUAGCGACAGUAGUGGUAACAAUAGCAAAAGCUCGUCCUUGUCGAUAGCUAACCUCUCACAGUCGGGUGCCUCGUUGGCUGGCGGCGACAGUGCCGACCAGUUGAUGGAGCUCGAACUGUUGCGUAAGAAAUUGGACGAAACGGAACGCGCUAUGACUAAAAUAAUCGCCAAUAUGGGCAACAUACCAAAGGGCCAGGAAACAAACGUGAACGAGGAUGAACCCGCAACGGAAGUUAAGCAGGCAACGGAAGUUACCGAGGUCGCCGAAGACGAGCAGGCAAAGGUUUCGAAUGGGCAUGCGAUUAAACUGGCCGACAAUUCGACCGAUCACGAAUCAUCGGAGAAGGAAACGUCCGGUGGCGAAUCUUCCAGCGCCCAUAGUACGCCGGAGAAGAAACCGAAAAAGCGAGACACCAGCACGGAACGGGGCACUGUUAAGGUUAUGGCAAUGGAGGUGACGGCACAGCGCGAAAAUGGAAAGCGUCUUAGCCGACCAUCGACGCCGCUGCUGCCGAUGGGAGGACAUCCGGAAACGGCAAACGCACCGACCGAAGAGCAAGAGACAAGGUCGAUUGUUCUCGAUGGACGGUUACCGCACGAUUCAAAGAUUCUAGUGUCCGAUGCUGAAACGGCUGUGGAAAAACUCGAACCGGAAAAUUCCGAGGAAGAGGAUGACGCACCGGUGAUAUUGAGUGGUAAAAUGACACUGUCGUUGAUCAACAUGGAUUUCAUCGAAAAGGAUGCUACCGGUACUGUUGCAGUUGGUGAAAUUGUAACGGAACUACACAAGCCCCAGGAAGAAGAACUUACGACAGCAUCGUCCAAGGAUGCCGAAUAGGCGAGCGUUUCGUUCGAGAAACAGCAAAAGUAUAACGCAUAAUAUAAAUAUACAUAUAAAUAAGUAUAUUUUUCUAUUGCCGAAAAAACCACAACUUCACCACUGUAGACAUGCCGGGAAGCGUCUAAGCAAAAACAGUGAGCCCAAGUCAAUGAAAAGCUAACGUUAAUAGCACACUUUUAAAAAUUUCGUUUACAACCUAGCGCAAUGUUGCUCAAUGUUCGGCUUUCGUUUUCGGAUUCUCACCCAACAUGAAGACUAUACACAGAUGCCAAAUUUAAUUAGAGACGAAGUAACGGUAAUGCUCAAACGCAGCGUAAACUUUUGCCAGUAAAACCAGUUCGUUCGUGACAGCCAGGUACCAGGCCGCUGUAAGUAUAUUUAAGCAAGCCUACUGAACGUCCGGAUCAGAUCCGAUUCGGUGGGCUUGACACAAGCGGAUGAGUUUUCUACCGGGCAUUCGGUGGUUGUUCGUUAGGUUUAUUCGUAUACCGAUUGUUUAAUGCGAUAUUUGCAAAAGAGGCCGGAAAGUUGGAAAAUUCACGUUUAUGUUUGUUAUCUUGCUUCGGUUAUUCAUCUUUCCCAAAACCAGUGCGAACCCUUCACAAGUGCGACUGGGUGGAAUAGAUUCAGGCAAAACAUAUUUAUUUUCCGCAUAGUUUAGCAGAUCCAUAACCGUCAUCAUAACGAUAGCAAAUAAUAGAGAAUGUAGCUAAUGUAGAGCAUUAUCCAGCAAGCAGGAACAUUAUAUUGUUUCUAUUUUGUUCUGUUUCAAUCAGUGGACGAUGAGCGUGCGUGCUCCGCCUGUUUUGCGCUGCACGUAAUGUACCGCAUUAUACUGCGUUAGCAAACACUAUAAACAUUGAAUGUAUGAAUUUAUUAUGAAGGCAAAAAGCAA